CUGAGGGCGGGGGAGUCUGUGCCGGGAUCCGCGCUCCCAGCCGGCAAGCGGCCGUUCCCAGCGGGCCACGAGGCGAGCCGCCGUGUCCCCGCCAGGCAUUUAGCGCGGACAGCCCGGGCUCGGGGUGCGCCGCGCUAGGCCGCCGGCUGGGUCCUGAGUGGGGCCCUCUAGCUCUCAGCGGCGUCACGUGCGCGACUCCUGGCUGAGAAGAUGCCCCCCAAAGGGAAAAGCGGCGGCAAAAGUGGGAAGGGAGGAACUGCUGGCGGCGGGGGCAGGGCUGAGAGGCAGGCCCCGGCCCUGAAGGGUGGGGGCAGCUCUGUGAAGGUUAGACACAUCCUAUGUGAAAAGCACAGCAAAAUCAUGGAGGCCAUGGAGAAGCUGAAGUCUGGAGUGCGCUUCAGUGAAGUAGCCUCACAGUACAGUGAAGAUAAAGCCAGACAAGGGGAAUGUACCUGUUGGACAAUCAAAGGAGUUGCUCCUUUCCUAUGGACCCCAAAUCAGAAUUCAACAUAUAUAUAUUUUAUACUAAUAACCUUUUAUCAAAGUAUUAAUUAAACAUUAACUUGCUAACUUGAGACCAUGGGUGGAGACAUUAUGUAACCUUUUAACCAUUGGCUAAUGUGCUAUCUUGUCUUGCUGCAAAACCUACCCCGGGGUGUGGAACUGCCUACCCUGUCACUUUCCCCCGCCCAUGGAAAAUCUAUAUAUUCUAUUGUAAUCAAUUGAUUGACAGUGUCUCUGAGCCUAAUAAGCCAGGUGACACUCCGCCAGUGCUGCGUGUAAUAAACUCCUAUGCUUGACCUCUACACGGUGUGGAUUUAUGUCCUUCAUCCUCGUCAACGUCAUGGUCUCCUUUGAGAACAGGACCCCGGCAUUUUGCGAAGCCAGAGCUCAUAAGCUGGAAAAGUACGCCCCCCUGGCUGAUACCCUGAGAGCGAAGGGCUACGAGGUGCAGAUGGACGCCCUGAUUGUCGGAGCCCUGGGGCCCUGCAACGAGUGCGUGCUGCGGACCUGCAGGAUCGGUCAACGCUACGCACGGCUCAUGUGGCACCUCAUGGUCUCAGACACCAUCCGAUGGUCCAGGGACAUCUACAUCGAGCACAUCACCGGCCACCGACAGUACCAGGAGGCAUGAGCCAGAGUGACAUUGUUCUCCCACUACGAGAAAGGGACCAAGAGACCUUCUCCGUUGGAUCAUAUGAACUGGAACCAUAAACUCCCUGAACAUUAAAUCUCACCAAAUGAGGGUCAAUCCAUCCUCAUCAUCGUAUCCACUCAUUAUACACCACACCCGAACAUAGCCACUCUAUGAACUUCAUAUCCUCAUAUCUCAAUGCCUGUACUUUGACCCAUCAACAUUUUACCCCAAAUCGGGGAUAUUGCAGAUUAUGUAUUCUUUAUGCCACCUGAUGUUAAACCAAACUUUGCACCCUUGAUAAUCUGUAUGUUAUUCCCUGAUAACCAGAAACUUCUAUGCUCAAACUCUGUUCAUUUUUUUUAUCAUCUUAAUAAAAUUUUUAAAUCUA